AUGGAUUCUUCUUCGUCGUCAACCAAAAGUAAACCAUUAGUAGUAAUAACAGGCGCAUCAUCAGGUAUUGGUGAAGCUUGUGCUCGAUCAUUUUCUGCAGCUGGUUAUCCUCUUUUACUUAUUGCUCGUCGUCUUGAUCGAUUGCAAGCUUUAAAACUUCCAGACAAUGUUAUUUGUGCACAGGUUGACGUUACAGAUAGAACAAAACUUAAAGAAGCCAUUGAAAAAGCUGUCAAAAGAUAUGGACCUGUUGAUUGUUUAGUAAACAAUGCAGGUGUUAUGCUUUUGGGUAAAGUA